AUGAACGACGCUUUACAGUUUCCCCGCUGCUCACUUUCUAUACCCAUUCCCGAGACCUACAACAACUAUUCCAUGAGCUACGGAAUCGCACAACCACAACCUCCUCCGCCACCACCUCCGCCUCCGCCCGCGUACCCAUGGGAAUCCUUCCAUCCCUCCGCCACGGGCCUCCCACUCCACGCACCCGUUCCGAGCGCAUCUCAAAUUCCACUCUUGUUCGAUGAAUAUAACUUCGAAGCGAUGCACUCUGUCCUCUAUCACACCCACCCACCGAAUUCUAGUUCCUCCACCUCCACCGUCGACUAUCGAUACCCAAACACAGAUUCCUUCGCGCCCUUGCCGACUUCCAGUACAACCAACAUCACGACAAACCCAGCAUGCAGAGCCAUCUGCGAACCCCAAGGAACCAUGCUCAAUCCAGAAUUUUAUAUCUCUGAACCGGAACAAAAUAUAUUCCCUACGCCCUCUGAGCUCCUCUCCGAACUAGCGCUCAAAGACGCAGAAUUCCUAAGUCCAGAUCCGACGGGCGCGACGUCCGAAGAGCUGUUCAAUAACAGUCCAGUACAAGUCGACGGGAAACCUCGCCACGAUAGCGCAAGAAAAGCCCGGCGACGUGCGACGGCGAAGAGCGUGGGGUUCAUACCCACCGAUCCAACACAAUUCGAGCUCCUAGGUGCGGUACCUGCAACGUUAACACGCGUGUCGGGGUAUCGGGGCUUGAGUAGCCGGUCCAUCAGAACGCUCUUGGUGCACAUGCAAAAAUCGAAUCGGAAAUUAAAUAUCCGUACCGUAAGCGAAGAACAAAAGUUCCUUGCGCUCAGAGACGCGGUGUAUGCAAAGAAAAUCAGGGAUGCAUGUGCGGCGCCGCCUCCGGGAUGUUGA